CACAAUUAGGUAUUUUGUAAUCAUCAGAGUAGUUUGUCAAAUGGUAUAAUUAAAUAUUUGCGUUAUUUAUUUUAGUGGUGCACUAAAUAAGGUCAUAUUUAUUAGCUGUGUAGUGCUUGUGCUUGGGAAAAUGGAUUUGAGUGAGUCACUCAAAGCACUAAACAGGAACCACGUAGCAAUAAAAGUAGAGCAUCUAAAAGUCUGGACCAAAGAGGAGAAAUCUUGGUGGAGACGUAAACCUACGAAGCAUGAGGUGAUCAUUUUGAAUAAUGUUUCGGUAUCUCUUAAAACUGGUGAUUUUGUGGCUGUUAUUGGACCAAGUGGCGCAGGUAAAACCACUUUCCUCGUGUCACUGGCGGGAAAGUGCACUCUCCCGAGCACUGGGACAGUGACAGUGAACGGCACAGAUGUGAGGAAAGUGCAGCGCGGCCUGAUCGAGAUUGUGCCACAGUUUGAUAUCUUUAUGGACAGUAUCAGUGUGUGGGAACAUUUAGUGUUUAUGACAGAAAUGAAACUGGGAAGCAUAAAGAAAUCUUCACACCGGCAGUCUUUAAAACAGUUGUUAACUGAACUCAAACUCAUUAUGCUACAGCAUUCACCCAUCAGUUCCUUGUCUGGAGGGGAACGCAGGCUGUUGUCUUUGGCUACUUCGCUCCUCUCCAGCCCACAGAUCCUCAUUUGCGACGAGCCGACCACAGGCCUGGACAGUUACAACGCAGCUCUCGUCAUAGGCGUGCUAAAGCAGCUGGCAUGUAGCGGCAAAACCGUCAUCUGCUCCGUGCACCAACCUUCAUCAGACCUGUUCAAGGAGUUCACCUCUAUUGCCUUGAUGUCUGACGGGAGAUUAGUGUUCCAUGGAACGCAGGAAGACUGCAAGAAAUUAUUUAAGAAGAGAUUCAACCUGCGAUGCCCCAAAAACUAUAAUCCGGCCGAGUUCUACAUCAAGGCCGUCUCCGAGUCAAGUAACGAUUAUGAAAAGGUUUUGGAAAAUAACUGUGACCAGUCGGACGAGGGCGACGAAAGCGGGUCUGUGGCGACGCGCGCGCAUCUAUCAUACACGCACCAAAGGUUUUGGUUGCGACAAGUGCAUCUCUUACUAUGGCGAUCCGCACUUACAUUCAGAAGAGACAUCAAAAAUUAUCUUUUUCAAUUAUUUCUGUGCACAAUCAUAUCAGCAGUUAUAAUAGGAACAUGCUACGUAGGUAUAUCAGGCACUACCCAGCGAGGAGUGCAGGAUCUGCGCGGCUUCCUCUGGCUCAUGUGUUCAGAAGUGUCCUUCAGCGUGUCCUACAAUGCUCUAUACGCGUUCGACAGUGAUCUGAUACUGUUCAGACGAGAGGUGGGAGUGUAUAGCGCAUCCGCCUUCUACGUCAGCAGAUUUUUGAGCUUAAUGCCGCGUGGUGUGGCAUGGUCUCUCACGUACGUAGCAAUUGCAACGCUCAUGGUUGAUCUGCCGGAUCAUUUCUUCACAUCACUGCAGAUUGCUGCUGCCCUGGUCGCCACGUCUGUUGCGUCUACUGCUUAUGGUCUCGGCAUGGGCGCCAUCUUCAUCUCUACGGGCAUAAUGGGCGACGUGAUGCCCUGCGCUGACUUGCCCCUAUUCCUGAUGUCUGGAGCAUUCCUCAGGAUAUCUUCACUGCCCGUCUGGCUGUACCCCUUGAAAUACUUCUCACAUUUCUACUACGGCAUGGACGCGAUUAGUAACAUCUAUUGGAGACAGAUUGAUCACAUCGAUUGUCCUUACAAUACAACUUCAACUUGUCUAAGCAACGGUGCUGCGGUGCUGAUGGAGAAUGGGUACUCGGAUAACUUCAUACUUGAAGACAGCUUAGGAAUUUUAUUUGUUACUCUUGUGUGGAGUGUGCUAGGCUUCUGUGGAUUGAAACGAGAGGAAAAUAAAGGCUUUGCUUAUUAG